AUGGAUGCUACAGAUAUCCCGACAACACAAACAGUUGCACGAGUCCAGAACCCUGGACCAGAAGCCCAGUUCAUCAUUCAGGAUGGGCAGGCUGUUCCUCAUCUAUCCCAAACCCAAAUCCUUGUGAAACUAUUAGUUUCAGGGCUAUGUCAUUCUGAUCUCAAUCGGGUUUAUGGCACGCUGCCACUGAUCUCAGAUAUCGUUGGCCACGAGGGAGUUGGUAUCGUGGUGAAAGCCGGGUCCGCAGCAACCACGCAUAUGAUAAACAAGAGAGUAGGAUUAGGGUGGCUAAGUCACCCUUGUAUGGAGUGCGAAGUUUGCGAUGUUGAGUAUACAUCAUGCCCAAAGCAACAGAACUUAGGCAGAGAUCUCCCUGGCACUUUCCAGCAAUACAUAGCCGUUGACGCUGGCUUCGUACAUCCAUUGCCUGACAACUUGCAGAGUCAGAUCGCUGCACCCUUACUCUGUGCUGGUAUCUCUAUGUACUCGGCUAUCAGGAAAUGCAACUUACAGACUGGCAAUUGGCUGCUGAUCCCUGGUGCAGGUGGUGGAUUGGGACACCUGGGAGUGCAGAUUGCUAGAGCGCAAGGCUAUCGCGUUAUUGCUGUUGAUACUGGCGAAGACAAGAGGAAGAUGUGUCUUGAGUUUGGGGCUGCUCACUUUAUCGACUUUGUAACACAAGAUGUACCAACAGAAGUCACAAGACUCACAUCUCUAGGAGUUCACGGUGUAAUCUGCACAGCAGGAUCCAUCGCUGCCUACCAGCAAGCAGCUCAAUGUGUGCGGAACGCAGGGACCGUAGUUUGUAUUGGCGUCAAUCCACAAAACCUCCCCAUUUCGCCGCUGGACAUGGCCUUAGGCUCAUCGGCAGUGCUGUUGGCACUCUUCCUGAAAUGCAAGAGCUGUUUCAACUUGCAGCUCGGGGCGAAGUGA